GUACCUGAACUUGAGACCAGAAAGGAGUUAUCAUCCUCCAACCAGGAUAGAUCCAGAGAAGAUUUGGAAGAUGAACUGAGAAAAAUGCAGGAACAAAUGAAGAAGUUGCAGGAAAAGCUCCAGCAGACUGGCAUUGCCCAGUCACCAAACUCUGCACCUCAACAGAAGUCCCCGCCUAACAAAAUGAAGAUAUCAGUAGUUAAGUCACAAAGCAGUCCGUUAAAGGAGAGGAACCUCCCACUAUUGCGCGAGUCCAGUGACUUUGCAGCUCAGCUGGCAAGCCCACAAACAUCAAAUGGAAAACUCCAGGAAGCCCCUAAGAGAAAGUUACACAUGUCAGAAAAUAAAAGUCCACCCCUAAAGCAAAUGCCUAGUUUUUCACCCCAGGCAGUAAAAUCUUCUAAACCAAGUCCUGUCUCGGCGUCAGUGGCAAGUUCCAGUGGAACUCCUCUAAAUUCACAAGUUUCUGUCGAGAAGUUCUCUGGUCUGCGGCUCAGAAAACCUAGGGUGUCGUCCACUGAAAUGGAAAGGAAAAUGGGUGGGAGGAAGCUGAUCAGACUGUUUCAGCUGAAGAACAAAAUUGCUAGCGAAAAGCUAGAGGAUCAGGAUUGGGUGACCUUUGGAGUCAUUGUAAAGAAGAUGACGCCACAGAGUUCUAAUAAUGGCAAAACAUUCAGCAUAUGGAGACUGAAUGACUUAAAGAAUAUGGAUGCUUGCGUAUCUUUGUUUUUGUUUGGAGAUGUCCACAAAGAACACUGGAAAACGGACCAAGGAACUGUUAUUGGUAUCCUAAACGCUAACCCAAUGAAGCCGAAAGAGGGAUCUGAUGAUGUAUGCCUGACUGUAGACAAUCCCCAAAAGAUUUUACUAAUGGGAGAAGCAAUGGAUUUGGGAACAUGUAAAGCUCGGAAGAAAAAUGGAGAUCCAUGCACGCAAAUAGUUAGCUUGAACGAUUGUGAAUACUGUCAAUACCAUGUACAAGCUCAAUACAAGAAGGUGAGCGCCAAACGAGCUGAUCUGCAGUCCAGCUAUUCUGGUCAUGUUCCAAAGAAGAUGGCAAGGCAGGGAAAUGGUCUAAAAGAGAGACUGUGCCAGGAUGGUUUCCACUAUGGAGGUGUAUCAUCUAUGGCAUAUGCCGCUUCCAUAGCAGCAGCUUCAGCGCCAAAGAAAACUGUUCAGACAACACUUUCCAACAUGGUGGUCAAAGGAGCAGAUGCAAUUGCUCUGGAGGCAAGAAAGAAAAUAGCUGCUGCUCGUAAGGGCGCUAUACCGUGUUCAGAUGAGUUUAAAGAUUUACUAUCUAUGCCAACUCCAGGGGCACUUAAUUUAAAAAAACAUUUGUCUGGUGCAAGUGCACAAGCUUCUGCCAAGGAUGGUUCACCUAUUCAGUCUAUAUCUGCAUCCAAACUUUUGAAACAGCAGAAACAACAGAUGUUAGACGCAAGAAAGAAAAGGACUGAGGAAAGUCAAAAAAGAUUUCUUGAGAGUACUGGUAAAUCGGAUGUAUCAAGCGCUACUACUUGUGUAGAACAAGACACCUUUCAGUCUCCAAAGCAAGCUUCUGAGUUCCCAGUGGCCCAGAAGACUUCAACUCCAAAGUUGGCUCGUGGUUUUGCUGAAGGAGAAGACAUCCUGUUUUUUGAUUCUUCACCUUCUGCUGUCAACAAGUUAAGUCCUUCUUCUGACUCUAGAAAGCUGGCUGCUAUACGGAAGCUACAAGCCAAAGGACAAAUUCUCUCAAAAGCAAAUCCUAACUGUAUCAAGAGGAAACGAAACAGCUCCACAGAUGUUGAUCAGGUGGCUCAGAGGGCAGAGAGAGAGGUGUCAUCUCCUGAAGCUGCAGAGGAGAGUGAACCAGCAAUUAAACGACACAAAGAACAACUUGCUUACUUGCAGUCUGAGGAGUUCCAGAAGAUUCUGAAAGCCAAAUCCAAGCACACCGGUGUCCUCAAAGAGGCUGAAGCAGAGAUUCAAGAAAAAUAUUUUGAACCACUUGUGAAAAAAGAACAGAUGGAAGAGAAGAUGAAAAGUAUAAGGGAACAGAAAUGCCGAGUGGUGACCUGCAAAACGUGUAAGUACACACAUUACAAGCCACUGGACACGUGUGUUGGCGAGAACCAUAUCUUCCAUUGGCAUGAUGCUGUGAAACGCUUCUUCAAGUGUCCAUGUGGUAACAGGACAAUUGCACUAGAUCGACUCCCUAAGAAGUCAUGCAGUACAUGUGGACUAUUCAAGUGGGAACGAGAUGGCAUGCUUAAGGAAAAAAGUGGACCAAAAAUUGGAGCAGAAACACUCCUGCCGAGAGGAGAGGAGCAUGGCAAAUUUCUUAACAGUUCAAAAUAAUAAAGUACUUUAUGACAUUGCGCAUCCAGUUACACCAAAACCCUAUUUAUUACUCCAUCACAACCGAACUACUUUAACACUAGAUCCCUGUAUUUCAUUGCACUCACAGACCAACCUUGUUUUUAUGUGUGUGUUUUGGUUUUUUUUAGGUUUUUUUUUCUCUCUCAAAUCCUUUGGCGAGGAUGAGAUACUGUGAUUACAUUAAUUGCAUACCUCGUUUACAGUGCUUGAAAAAUGAUACUAAUCAUUUUCCAGCCCAGAGUUUUUUAUAUUAAAAUAUUUCCCCAGAGUGGAUGUCUCUGGUACCACUUUUACUUUAGGUCCAUGCAGUCAACAUCAGUUGGAGUCUGUUGUCGGAUCCAUACUGAUCACAUGAAGGCAGUAUGCCAUUGAAAGUAUGCUGUGUAAAGCUCAGCAACCUUUACUUUUAGCAUGCGCGAACCUGUCUGUACAUAUUUUUAUAUCAAUGUUUUAACUGAUUAUGUAUUAUAUAAAGAUUUCUUAUUAGUAUGGA